AUGGUCGGCAAACGAGCCAUCACCUUCGACGAUCAACGCAAAGAAGAGAGGAACCGACGACCGUGGAGCAGCGGCGGUGCAGGGCGCUCAGAUCUCGAAAGCGGGAAUUAUCAGGACGCGAAUGGACACAGCGGACAGAAUGGCAACGCGCGUCCCAGGCCGGACGUCUGGCGGUUCAAAGAUGCAGCGAAGACGGCGCUGGAGGACAAGAGGCGGGAAGAGCUGAAGAAGACGUUACUGGAGGGCGUAGAUCGGGAGCAAUUGGAGAAGUUCCGCAAGUCGGAGGAGGAGCUGAAGGAGAUUACGAAUAAGGGUGUCAGGAGGUUUUAUGAGGCGCAGAAUCAGCGGUUGAAUGAUUGGUUGGAGGUGGAUGCGAUUGUCAUGGCGAUUGCGGACGAUGUGCUCGAGAGCAUGCAGCCUGAUCCGGAUAAUGAUGGGGAUCAUGAGAGGGGUGGGGGGAUCCAAGCCGUGGCGGGGAAUAUUGGAGAACUGCUACCGGAGGAUGAGAAGGCGAGACGAGCGAAGGAAGAGAAGAGGGCGAAGUGGGCCAUCAACGUCAACGUGAUCGCGAACGUCAUCCUCCUCAUCGGCAAAAUCGUCGCGGCGUUCAGCACGGGCUCGCUCUCCCUCAUCGCCUCCCUCGUCGACUCCGCCCUCGACCUCCUCUGCACGCUCAUCGUCUGGACGACGAACAAACUCGUCCAAUGGCGCCUCUCCGCCCUGCAGAAACGCUUCCCCGUCGGCCGGCGCCGCCUCGAACCCCUGGGGAUCCUGGUCUUCAGCAUCAUCAUGGUCAUAUCCUUCCUGCAGAUCCUGCAGGAGUCCGUCGAGAAGCUCAUGCCGUUGGAGGGCACGGCGGAGAAGUUGCCGGCGGUGGCGAUUGGGGCCCUCGCGGCGACGGUGGGCGUGAAAGGGAUUAUUUGGUUUGGGUGUAUCCCGAUCAAGACGACGCAAGUGCAGGCGCUCGCGCAGGACUGCAAGACGGAUGUCAUUUUCAAUACGUUGAGUCUGUUGUUUCCGUUGAUCGGGUACUAUGUCGAUGCGUGGUGGUUGGAUCCUGUGGGCGCUGGGUUGUUGUCGUUGUUCAUCAUCUAUGACUGGGGCGAGACGUGCUUCGAGAACGUCACCCGUCUCUCCGGCCAAGCCGCCGACGACGCCCUCACGAAGAAACUAAUGUACCUCGCCUACCGCUUCAGCCCGGUGGUCGAAGGUUUCAAAAGCGUCACAGCGUACCACGCAGGCGAUGGAAUCUGGGUCGAGUACGAUGUUCUCCUACCCGCUGAUACGAAGCUCUAUCGAUCGCACGAUAUAGCCGAGACGCUGCAGUACUGCGCGGAGGGCUUGAAGGAAGUCGACCGCGCCUUCGUCACGACAGACUACGAUAUUAGUGGGCCUACAGGACACGCUUCGGAUGCUGAGGUUGCAUAG